AUGGACUCUCUAUCCAAAAAGAUCAGCAACUUAGGUAUUCAUGAUAUUCGUAAUGCAGCACGGUUUGCUCAAAAUGUGAUAAUUCAGUAUGAACCGUACCAGAUAGACAUUAGAAAGGCAACUAAUACUGAUUCAUGGGGUCCUACUCCGAAACAGCUUGCAAAAGUGUUACGAAAUCGAACUCACGUUCCAAUAUAUCUAAUUACUGAGUACACUAUGAAACGCCUGGUGGAUCACAUGGCAAAAAGACCGAAGAAUUUGUAUGAAAAAGCUAGGAAGGAGUAUGUUAACUAUGGGAGCGAAUGGAGAGUCGUUCUUAAGUCAUUGCUGGUAUUGGAGUACUUAUUGCUUACAUGCAACUCUGGUCAGGAGUUAGACCAAACUGUUAGCUGCCUCACAACUCACAAACAUAUUCUCACUCGUGAUACCAUGCAGUUCAAGGUUGAAUUCAGUAGUGACGGGAAAAUGGAGAUUCAUGAAAGGGGUAUCAAGAAGAAAUGCGAGCAGUUGAUACAGUAUAUCGAAGAUCCUGGAUACUUGAAAAGAGUGAGAGCUAAGCAGAAGCAACAGUCUGCACAUAUCAACUCUAGUGGCGGAAGCUACGUCCUCAACUCAUCUUACAAUGACAACCGCAUCCACGUUGGUGACGAAACACCUGCUUAUGACCUAAGCGAUGAAUUCGAUGAGUAUAAGCCACAGAGUUCACAAUUGCCAGGGCCUUCUGCGAGCAACAAACAUACUCGCACCUCAGUUGCUGAAGAACAACGCAGACAGAGGAGAGAGAUUUUGCGUGAGCGUAUUAAGAAUGGGGAGCAACAAAGAAAGAGUAAUGCAAGCGCUAAAAAUCAGCCAGUGGUGGACCUAUUGGAUCUAGAUGACAUAGAAGUUCCGCCCUCUCAAAGUUCGGGAAGUCAAGACCACGAUGAGGAAGAAGAUGAUUUCGGAGAUUUUCAAAGUGAACAUGAUGUGAGCCCCGCGCCAGAUAAACAGGACUCUCAGGAUUUAGAUUUGCUAUCCUGGGGCGGAUCAAACUCUUCUUCUGCUGUACGCAGCUCCUCCAACUACAAUAACAGUGCCCAGAAUUCCAGCAAUCAACAGCACAAGGAUACAUUUGCUGAGUUGUACUCGUACUCUAAGACUCGUAUAUAG